ACUCUGGAGGUGUCGGAGGAGCGCACCUACUCCGCCAGACUCUGGAGCAAUUAUUUGUAUGCAAGUGUCCAUCCAUAGGGUCACUCUGGAGAUGGCUGCGAAUCGGGUGGGAAGGCGUUAUAACAAUAAGAUCCACUCACCGAGCCGAGGUACCAGCCGGGAAGCUGGACUGAGCGUGCAGAAGAGACAAGCACGAGUCACCGUAAAAUAUAACAGAAAGGAACUCCAAAGGCGCCUGGAUGUGGAAAAGUGGAUAGAUUGUGGACUUGACGAGCUGUAUUUGGGAAGGGAAGAGGAUAUGCCAGAGGAAGUGAACAUUGACGAGCUACUAGAUCUACAGAGUGAUGAAGAAAGGACACAGAAGCUUAAGGAUAUCCUUCGUACCUGCAGUAACAACACAGAAGUCUUUAUCACAGAAUUGGUGAAUAAACUUCAUGGUUUGCAGAAACAAGAAGAUCUCCACAACAAUGGCAUUGAACAUCCCCAGCUUCACAUCUUCCCCGACCGCGAGGGCUCUUCUGACACUGAGAGACACUGAGCACCUGCACAAACAUCUACGGCUGUUCAGUCUCCUGUAUCAAGGCAUCAGCAGCACGUGUGUAAAAUAUAAACAUGCUGCUGACUUCGGUUUGUAAGGUAACAAAACAAAAACCUAUAAAAAUAUUUAUGUAAAAAAAAAAAACUUUGAGUAAAACUGACCACAGCAUGGACCCAUUACAAGUUGUACAAGCCUAUUUGUUAAUUUGAAGAACAAUUUCUACCUGAGCCCUUAAAAUUACAUUCAUUGGUAUAACCCAAUAUAGUCAGUGUUAUUCUGUAAUAUUAAAUAAUUUUUUUGACUUUAAUAAAAACAGUUAAUUUAGUGAAUUUAUUUUGGUUACCUGAGAAAACAUUUUUUUUUUUACAGUACAUAAUAUACUUUUUAAAUAGUUUUUCCCUAGAAAUAUUGACCCAUUUGAAGGAUUUUUCUAAAGAAAUAUUUCUUGGUUUUUAGAUUAUAUUGAUUUGGUUGAUUUUCCACUGAUGGACCAAAGAUUUUUGUCAGGAUGCUUUUUAGAUUUUAAAUCAGUUAUAGUAAUUCCUUGUUGUGUUGUUUAUAUCUGUGAAUUAGAUUUUGUAGGAUUAAAUUAUUUUUCAGAAUAUCAGUGAUGAAUUUAUAAUGCUUGAUUAAAACUGACAGCUUAUGCUUAUGCCCAGUUUGUGACAAAACCAUGAGGUAUUGUUAAUAUGUUUGCUGCUACUAUAUUAACUACUCAAGCUGAUCAAAUUUACUCCACAUUUUGAAGAAAGUUUUUCUCUUCCAGCUCUGUAUUUAGUUUGUAUAAUACACCACUAUGUUUGUUUGUACAGUGAAAGAGUGCCAGAAAUUUCUCUUAUGUUUUUAAUAUAGCCUACUGUUUUAAGUUUCACUUGCUUGCAGUUAAAGGGAUAGUUCACCCAAAAAUGAUUUACUCACCCUCAAGCCAUCCUAGGUGUAUAUGACUAUCUUCUUUCAGACAAAUACAAUCAGAGAUAUAUUUAAAAAUAUCCUUGCUCUCCAAAGAUUUAUAAUGGUAGUGAAUGGGGGGGCGAGAUUUUGAAGCCCAAAAUAAAUGCAUUCAUCCAUCAUAAAAAUAAUCCAUAUGGCUCCAGGGGGUUAAUAAAGGCCUUCUGAAAAGAAGCGAUGGAUUUUUGUAAGAAAAAUAUCCAUAUUUAAAACUUUAUAAAGUAAAAUAACUAGCUUUUGGCAUCGAUUUGCGGCGGAAGAGUGAACUCAGACCCAAUGCAUGACGCAAUAGAUCAUCAAUAUCGAAAAUCCUGCAAAGUUUUUUAUAUAUAUAUAUUUUUUUUAAAUGUAUGUACAUUUAUAACACUAUAUUUAGUAUUAUAUUACAUUUGCAUUAAAUUACAAAAAACUAGUUAACGCUGCUGUGAGGGUGUUUCUAAUGCAGCAGCUAUGGAAGUGACGGGAGUGAUCUUUCUCUUUUCUGACUGCCGUUAUCAAUCGUUCUCUAUUUUUUUUCCUUUUUGAAACUUGUGAAAACACCAUUAUAGAAUUUUUCUUUUGCUAUUUGCGCAAAUGGAAACACACACACAAAAAAUAUAUUUAAUGUAGUCUCUCAUUCACUGCUAUAAAAGUUUACCAAACUAUGACGACUUCCGCUUCUGAGAAACACGGAAAUGUGAAAAGGGUCUAUGACGAACUCGGAAGCGCAGAGGAGAGAGCAAAACAAAACACCGGUCACGAAUUAGAAGUCUAAGGCCCCGUUUACACUUGCGUUUUUGUUUUAAAACGGUGUUUUAAAAUGAAACCGAUCCUCGUCUACACUAGCGUUUCCACAGCGUUUCAGAAACGAUCUCCGUCUACACUACACGGCCGAAACGCUUGUCACAUGACCAUUCAUGCACACUGGGCAUGCGCAUACAAAUGUAAACAGUUGGCUCUUGCGCAUGUAGGUAGCUGUAGUACUAAAAAAAAUGCUAGUUUAACCAAAGACUAUAGAAUAACACAAGACGCGUCACUCAUAUUGUUUUGAAUGGGAGAAAGUGCCACGCGCAAUAUGGCGGAAUAAGUCCUGCCUUCUAAAUAAGAGCCAAUCGCCGAUUGGUAAAGUCAUCGCGUCACUGCAGCAGCCGUUAGAAGCUCCGGUUCCUAUAGAAACAGUCAGAUGCGCGCCUCCGAAAUGAGACACGAGACACGCGCACUUUAGGACUGUUUACACGGUCGUCAUGGAUACGCAGAGUGAACAUGGGCAGCCACGCCAUCAUUUUCAAAAGUGUCUGUUUUGAUCCAUUUAUACUGAAAUGCAGUCCCGGCGUUUUCAAACUAAAAUGGGCUCUGCAGCGUUUUCGAAACAGGCGUAACCAUAGCAAAACUUAUGCAUUUUAAAACGAAAAUGCACUAGUGUAAACGGGGCCUAAAACGAUAAAUUUUAAAGAGAAAUGUCAGAGGAUUUCAAUAUAAGAGAAGAGGAGCUUCAGUUUGUUGCCCAGACCUAUUUGUUUUAUCGCGAGAGGGGUUACUCAUUUGGCACAAUGCGACUUGCGCAGUAUGCAUACGGUCGUCUGGCGGAAGCUAGUUAUUUAGAUUACAAAGUUUUAGAUAUGGAUAUUUUUCUUACAAAAACCCAUCACUUCACUUCAGAAGGCCUUUAUUAACCCCCUGGAGCCGUAUGGAUUAUAUUUAUGAUGGAUGAAUGCAAUUAUUUUGGGCUUUAAAACAGGCCCCGUUAUAAAUCUUUGGAGAGGAUAUUUUUAAAUAUAUCUCCGAUUAUGUUCGUCUGAAAGAAGAUAGUCAUAUACACCUAGGAUGGCUUGAUGGUGAGUAAAUCAUGGGAUAAUUUUCAUUUUUGGGUAAACUAUCCCUUUAAAGGUGCAAUAUGUAAGAAUUUUGCAGUAAAAUAUCCAAAAACCACUAGGCCAGUGUUAUAUAUUUAGUUCACUUGAGUAUUUACAAUAUCCCAAAUGUUUCCAACUAUUUGUGAUUCGUGAGAAAAUUGCAAUUUUAACCAAGGCUCCGGGACAUGUGAGGAGUCGCCUGUCAAUUGCGUCAUACCCGCGUUAACCCUUGGCCUCGUCUGCCUCGGUUUCCGGUUUUAUUUUGUAUAAACCAUUGAAACACCAAAGACGCUUUAAUAUAUUAUACGUUUUAAUAGACAAGGGAACAACUGUUUUGAUAUAUUUAUAGACAGAAAACUAAUUGUUGUUAUAUAGCUCAACACGUUUAGUCUUAUUGUUUAAAUCUAAUUUUCUUGAUUUUUUUGCGAGUACCAUGCUUUACCAUGCCUCAGAGGAAAACACUAUUUUGUCAAGUAGCUAACAUAGCAUAAUCAGAUGCAGCUUUAUUUAUAGUAAAAUACAGAAUUUUCUUCAUCAUACAAUAUGUUUUAAAAUUAUUUGCAUGCCAUUUAUCAACACAAGCCAUCCAGCAUUUAAUAUGAUAUACUAAAAUCGAUCUAGCUUACUGCAGUGUGUAACAGUGUCUCACAGCAGCCGCCUCUCUCUAUGGCUCUGCGCCGAGCGAACGCACAGGGUAACUUUAUAACAUUUUCAACACACUCAAAUGUAUCUAAUAUGAUAAACAGAACUGCGUUACCUCAUACUCAUGACUGGAAAAGCGGAAGCCGCGCCGGCGACUGUGGCAUAAUAAAAGUUUCGCUUCUCGUGAGGCGUGUGUUGCGCAGUCGCUCCAGCGGCCUCGUUCAGCUCCCACAACAUUCGGUCCUGCUCUGCUUCAUACUACAAUAACGUUAAUAAUUGCAUCCAUGAACAUGAUUUCUUCCCGAGUCCUAUUCCUAUUCUUUUGCACCGUCCAUUGAGGUGAAGACCACAUGUCCCAAGAUUCCGCACUCAAACUUGGCGUCAUCAAGCUACGCCUUUGUUUUGAAUAGGCCUCUAGCGACCUCUAGCGGACAGAAUUCUUACAUACUGCACCUUUAAGGGUUUUUGAAAUCCACUUUUCAGUGCACAUCCAAUUUUAAACAUUGGACAGAAAUAAUAAACACUUUGUUUGAUGAAUAUUUCAAUUUCUGCUGUUUGUGUUAUUUUAACUUAUUUUGUAUCUAAAAUGAUAUGAAAUUGAGCAACAAGUAACGAAUUUUAGAAUCCCUUUGUUAAAACAAAAACACUCAAGCUAAGAAACAGAAAUAAAUCAUGCUGUAUAUAGCCUGUUAAAUCUUUGUGAAAUAAAAUAAUAAUAAAUCUA